AUGAGAGUAUAUGGGUCCGAUCCCAUUGUGCCCCCCUCAUGCUCUCCUCCAGGUGAUUGCUGGGCGUACGCAGUGGUGGCAGCGGUGGAGGCAGCCCACGGGAUCGCGGGCGACUGGGCGCAGGCCCCCGUGCUGUCGGUGGAGCAUCUGCGCCUCGCCCUCUCCUCCAACUGCGACGGUGGCUCGCCCACCAAGGCGCUGCAGUUCCUCCUCAACGCCACCGCGCAGGGCAAGGGCUUGCUGGAGGAGGCUGCGUACUCUCAAGGGCUGGCUCUUGAAGGAAGAUCGUUGGUUAGCACCCCCAAGUACUAUGGAAUCCGCGGCAUCGAGCACACGGGGUUCUACGGGUGGCUUGGGCUCAUGCUGGCAGUGCAGCACCAGCCUGUCAUUGUGCACAUCGAGGCGUCCGCACCCUCCUUCCAAGACUACGAUGGGAGAGGCAAGUACGCGGACGAGGAGUGUUUCAGCAACCACCUGAACCACGUGGUGCUGGUGGUGGGCUACCUCUCUGCUGGCUUCGACCCCUCCAAAUCCGCCGUGCCGCCGCCCUUCUGGAUCAUCCGCAACUCAUGGGGCACAGGCUGGGGCGACCAGGGCCACAUGCGCAUGGACAUUCGCAGUGGAGUUGGCAUCUGCGGCAUCAACACUCUCCCGGGCCUCUUCCCCGUCGUCAGAAGUGAGGCGGAUAGUUCUACCUGUCGAUUUUUGCAUCUCUCUGCUGACAGCUGGUGA